GAGAAGGUGAGUGUGAGCGUGCGCUCACGACAUUGACGAAGAAACAGCACGUUUAUAAGUCGGCCCAAGGUCGGUUCUUCAAAAAAGCUUUGGUACAUUUACACCUUACAAUUCUCCCUUCCAUUCCAAAGCCAAACCAUUUCUCAAUUUCCUUUCGUAGUUUCAUCAUUCUGCUAUGCUUUCUUCCAUUUUCACUUCUCAUCCCUCUUUCAUCACUUCUCUCUGUACUUCUUCCACACAACUUAAAUCCCAUUAUCACAUUUUAUUUUAUUUAUUUUUUAUUUUUAUCAGAAACCUGUCUUUCCUUAACAAAGUUGUGAUUUUUCGUGGGUCGUAAUAUUUGGGUUGAAUGAAAAUGAGGACGGUGUUGCCUAACUUGGAUAGAGAUGAUGCACUGGAUACCAUUCUGGAAGUGCCCGUUCCUGAAGAGAUUUUUGCUUCAUCAAAGAUUAAGUCAACAUGGCCUAACAUUAAGUCAUGGAUGAAAUCCCACACUGAGAAAUCCCCUGUUUCUUCCCUCUUUGGUUGUAAAGAUACUGAGAUUCAGCUCUUGAUUGGUGUUGUUGGAGCUCCCCUGGUUCCACUUCCCAUCCAUUCUCAUCAUUACCUCAGCAGAAGUUUCAAAGACAACCCAAUUGUCAGUCUCAAUUUCUGCUCAUUUUUUCACUCUUCAUUCAUUAGUAUGUUGAACUUAGUUAUUGAUGAUUAAAAAAAUUGAUGCAGGAGAAUUCCAUGGCAAAGUACAUUGUCCAACAAUACAUAGCAGCUGCUGGAGGGGAUGCUGCAUUGAGCUCUAUCCAAAGCAUGUAUGCUAUGGGGAAAGUCAAGAUGGCCACAACAGAGGUCGUUUCAGGGGAUGCUUUGAAUUUGAGCAGUAACAACAACAACAACAACAACAAGGAGAUGAAGGUCAAAAGCAUGAAGAAUGGAACAGGGGAAAUGGGAGGGUUCGUUUUGUGGCAAAAAAGGCCUGAAUUAUGGAACCUGGAACUGGUGGUUUCAGGGUACAAGAUCAGUGCUGGAAGUGAUGGUAAGGUAGCUUGGAGACAAACUCCAUGGCAUCAUUCCCAUGCAUCUCGUGGUCCACCUAGGCCUCUUCGUCGUUCCUUACAGGGCCUUGAUCCAAGGUCAACUGCCAACUUAUUCUCUAAUUCCAUCUGUACUGGAGAGAAGACUGUGAACGAUGAAGAUUGCUUUGUACUUAAGCUUGAAGUGGAUCCUUCCAUACUAAAAGCUAGAAGCAGCAACAACGUGGAAAUAAUAAGGCACACCUUAUGGGGAUACUUCAGCCAGAGAACAGGUCUAUUAGUCCAUCUAGAAGACACACAUCUUCUACGGAUAAAAGCCCCUGGGAACGAAGUAUUCUGGGAAACAACCAUGGAAACACAAAUAAGAGAUUAUCGUCCUGUUGAUGGUGUUAACAUUGCACAUUCGGGAAGGACGUCUGUUUCGUUAUUCCGGUUUGGAGAGAACUCAGAAAGCCACACCAGGACACGAAUGGAAGAAAUUUGGACCAUUGAGGAAAUUGAUUUCAACAUUAAGGGAUUGACCAUGGAUUUGUUCUUACCUCCCGCUGAUUUAAAGAAAGAAGAUGAAGGGAGUGCAAUUGUCACAAACAAUAACUUUGGACGAAAUGCGAAAUCGCCAUUCAGGGUCAGACCUAAUGCGUCUUCUAGAGUGAAUGCUACAAAAGGUGUUGCAAAAGUAAUGGCCAUUGAUGAAGAUGACGAUCUAGAAGUAAUCGAGGACCAUGAUUUGUAAAUUUUGCUCAUAGAAAUAUAUAUUUGUAUUUGUAUUUUUGUAUAUAAAUAUAGAGAGAAUCCUAGUGCAUGAAUGCAUAAUGCAGCUUUAGGAUUUCAAGAAUCGAGCGACAAAACUACUUAAUUGAGUCGUUUUAGCAGAGCAAAGCAGAGCCAUAACUGCUCUCCUGUAGUUGGUUAAGCAAAACAAAUAUGGAAAUCUGAAAGGGAUAAAAGAAAAAAGAAUUAGAAAGGAAAUCUGAAAUCAAGAAAAACCUUUCAAGCUUUUCCCAUUAAACACGAUCAUCCACAAGUUCUCAUUUACAACACACUCAAAACACGACUCAGAACACAACAGAAGUUACAACGCAUUCGGUUAUUUUUAUUAUUAAAGACACGUUACAGACACAAAAAGACACCAUUAAGAUUUCACAAUCAUCAAACUUCAGAAAGAAGGAAUUGAAGAACAGGCCUCAUCAUAUCCGCGGUGAAGAACUUAGCCGGAGAUCUCAAUGGCCUUAACAUCAGGCUUCUUCACUUCCUCUUUAGGAACAGUUACAGUGAGCACGCCAUUCUCCAUGCUGGCCUUCACCUGAUCCACCUUGGCAUUCUCCGGCAGCCGGAACCGGCGCAGGAACCGACCGCUGCUCCUCUCCACCCGGUGCCACUUGUCAUUCUUCUCUUCCUGCUCCCGGCUCCUCUCCCCGCUAAUCUGAAGCACUCUGCCUUCUUCAACCUCCACUUUCACUUCUUCCUUCUUCAGCCCUGGAAGAUCGGCCUUGAAUAUAUGGGCCUCUGGAGUCUCUUUCCAGUCGAUCCUGGCAGUAGCGAAUGCAGAGGUGUCCUGAGCUGUGUUGGAUACAUUGACUAAGGUGUUAGAGAAGGGAAAGCCUUCGAAAGGGUCCCAGAUGUCUAGUGAGAAAGGAUCGAAAACAUUGCUUCGUCGACCACCGAAAAAGCUUGGAAUUAGCGACAUUUCGGAACAAUAAAUUUUGGAAACUGAAAAAACGAAUAGCAGAUGAGAAUGUGAUUGAUAUUAGCUUUUAUUAAGACUGACCACUUUGAGAUUUCAGAGAUGGUUAGGAAAGUUAGAAACCGGUGAUAUUUAUAGGAAGCAGAGUGAUGGGUCUAGCGUCUUCUCGGGUCUUCUUCUCCGGCUACUGAUUUCACCAAAUUUGGUCUCCGUCAUAAACAUCCGUAACUUACGGUUCCUCUUGUACUUUCUGUAAGUUUCUACAACUUUCGCCAAGAGCCGCUACAGAUCGGGAUGGAAUAAAAUCUUUUCUCCUUUUGAUCAUUUGAGCAGACUUGGGCCAAUAGAUUGAUUACCAAUUAUGAUUUGGGCAUGACAACCUUUUUUAGCCCAGUUAGCCCAGAUCAAGUGCUGUCAGCUAGCUUUCUUUCCUAUCUCUUUUCUCUAUCAGAUUUGGGCUCAAUGAGGGAGGCACCAAAUUAUUUGGAAACUCAAUCUUUAGUUUCAGGAAGAAAGAUUCUUUGUGUUUUUGGC